AUGAACACAUUUGGAAGCAAUUUUAAAGAAGAGAGAGAAAAAAGAAGGAACAAAAAAUAUUAUACAAACAAAAACAACGAUUUUAAUAAUUUAGGGGAAAAUAAUAAAGUAAAUAUUAAGAAUAUUAAAACCUUGUAUAAUAUUUUUUCUUAUGUUGAAAAAGAAAGUACACAAGAAAAUGAUAAUAUUAUAUUCGAUAAAUAUCAAGUUAAUUCACAUAUAAACAAAUCCUCAAAUAUAAAACAAACAAAAAUUUGUAACAAAUCAAAAUAUAAUUAUGAUCAAAGUUUUGCUGAAAGCUAUGAUUUUUAUCAUACAGAUAAUAUAAAUAAAAAUAAUAAAAAUCAAAAUGUACAUAUCAAAGAAAAUUAUUCACUGCAUACUUUACAUAAACAUCAUACACAUAUACAUGAUAACAAAAAUAAUGAGGAAUAUAAUAUUCUUAAUAUACAUUUACAAAACGAAGAAAUAGAAAAAAAAAAAAAAAAUUACACAACCCACUGUAACAUAAAGGACAACUUAUUCAACCUUGAAAAUAAAAAUAUACACAAUAAAAUUCAAGAGGAAAAUUUUCAUAAUCUUAUAGAUAUUCAAAACAUAGACGACAACAAAGAAUUUAUAUACAAAAAGAAGAGCAAUAAUAAUAAUAAUAAUAAUAAUAAUAAUAAAAAUAAUAAUAGUAAUGAGAGCAAAAUAAAUAAUCCAGAGGAUGUUUCUCUUCAAACACAUGCACAUAAAAAACAAAAAGAAUCAUCCUUUAUUAAUGGAACAAACGAAAAUUUGAUAAACUGGUCAAAUGAAACCAAUAAUAUAAAAAGUCCAAAUAACAUAAAUCACGUUUAUAACAUUUAUGAUAUUAAUAAUGUUGACAAUAUAAGUAAUAAUGAUAAUUUAAAUAAUUCUUUAGAUAUUUUAUUAAAUAUUGAUUUUAAUUAUAACGAACAAAAUAAACAUAUCCAUAAAUAUAACGAUUAUAUAAAUAAUAACACAACAGAUGAAAACGAUACAUAUUCAAUAUUCUCAUCUUUAGAAAAAAAAAAUGAACAAAUGGAAAAAAUAAAUCAUGAUAUUUUUUCAUGCAAUAUGUUACAAAAUGAAAACAAUAUAAUGCAAAAAAAUGUUAUUCAUCAUCAUGAUCUUCAUAACACUUCUAAUUAUAUUAAAAUAAAUGAUAAUAAUAUUCAUACAGUUCCUUAUAAUAAUAUUAAUUUAAUAAAUGAAGAUAUAUUUUUUACUAAAAAUGGCACAGAAAUAAAAAAUAUGUCCAUUAAUGAAAAUCAUUCUAUACAGAAAAAUGAAAAUAAUAAUUCUACAAAUCAUUCUAAUAAUAUUAAUUUAUGUACUGAUAAAGAUAUUCUUCAUAAACAUACCACGCAAAAUGAAGUCUACAAAAAUGAAAUGUAUGAUUUUCUCAAUUUACAAAUGAAUGAAGAAAAUAUAUUCCAUAAUAAUACAUACACAUAUGAACAUAAUCAAAAUUUAAACAUAGACAGAUUUCAAGACAAUACCUUCAUUUCUUAUGAAAAAGAAAAUGAAAAAGAAAAAGAAAUAAUAUUAACAGAUAAGAAAUCCUUUGAAAAUAAAUCAAACCAAAUAAAUUCAGAGAUUCUUCAUUUUAAUUUAAAAGAUUGGGAAGAUAUUUAUAAUGGUAAAAAGGAUCCAAAAGGGGAAUAUAUUUUUGAUGUGAAAAUGGAUAGUCAAAAUGUGAAAAUGGAUAGUCAGAAUGUGAAAAUGGAUAGUCAGAAUGUGAAAAUGGAUAGUCAAAAUGUAAAAAUGGCUAGUCAAAAUAUACAAAUGGCUAGUCAAAAUAUACAAAUGGCUAGUCAAAAUGUAAAAAUGACUAGUCAAAAUAUGCAAAUGAAUAGUCAUAAUGUGCAUACUUUUAGUGACCAUGUACAAAUGGACAAACACAGCAUCGCUAUAAUUAAUGACAACAUUGAUUUAAUUAAUGAUAAUGUUGGUACGUCUUGUGACAACGUUCAAUUUCCUAUUGAAAAAAACGAUAGAGUAAAGGAUAAAUUUUACGAAAACUGUGAUGAAUUAUUUUAUGAGAAUAUUCAGAAUGUUGAUCAAAAUAUAUAUAGGAAAGAUUUUUUUUUUUUCAAUGAUUAUAAUAACGACCAUGAAAUUUAUUGCGAAAAUUUCUCUCGAAGUGUAUAUGAAAAGAGUUUAGGUAAUGAAAAAGAGGAGAAAAUAAAAAAUGAUAAAUUAAUAGAAUUAAGUGAUGAUAUAUAUUCAUUAAAAGAAAGUUAUGAAGGGAGUGAAAGUGUUGUUAUACAUGAAAAUAAAAUUAAAAGUGAUGAUGAUACGUUUUCAUUGGGUAUGAAUGAAAACAAUUGUUAUAUUAUUUCAAAGAGUAAUAAUAUGGAAGAGGUGGAGGAAAAAACAGAUUUGACUUAUGACAUGAAAGAGUAUUUUAUAUUUGAAAAAAAUGAAAAUUUUUAUGAUGAAAAAAAAAUACAUGUACCAUAUGAUAUACAAAAUAAUAUUUCAUCUGAUUGUGCAAACUUAUCUUCAGAAAAAAAUAUAAUAUCCCAAGAAAAUAUAAACGUCAUAUAUGAUAAGAGUAAUAAUAUAUUUAUGAAUGGCCAAUAUAAUAAUCAUAUGAUACAUAAAAAGGAUGAUGAUAUUGGUAUACAUUGUAUGAACUAUUUUAUUGAGAAAAAAAAACAGCCACAAAUAAUAAAUGACAAUGAGAAUAAUUCUUUUUUUGAAAUAAUUGAAGAAAUAGAAAAUAUUAGUAAAGAUAUUAUAGGAAAUAAUAUUAAUGAUGAAAAUAAUUAUGUGGAAUUUUCUAAGGAUAUUAUAAAUGAAAUUAAAGAGGAUGAUAUGAAAAAGUGCAAUGUGCAUGAUCAUUUUAAAGAUCUUGAAAAUGAACAGGUUCGAAAUAUACAAAUGAAUAGUAAUACAAUAAUAAAUAAUAAUAUUAUAACAAGUGAUACUCUGGAUACUAAAAAGGAUACUCUAGAUAUGUAUAAUAAAAAUAAAAAAUUGGAUGAUCAAAAUGAUGAUCAAACUAACAAUCAAAUGGAUAAUCAAAAUGAUGAUCAAACUAAUAAUCAAAUGGAUAAUCAAAAGGAUGAUCAAACUAAUAAUCAAAUGGAUAAUCAAAAUGAUCAAACUAAUAAUCAAAUGGAUAAUCAAAAGGAUGAUCAAACUAAUAAUCAAAUGGAUAAUCAAAAGGAUGAUCACACUAAUAAUCAAAUGAAUAACCAAAUAAAUAACCAAAUGAAUAAUCAAAUGGAUGAACAGAUGGCGCAUGUGAACCGUCCAAAGGACAAUAGUCCAAAUAUUCACACCCAAAUUUGUAAAGAAACAAAUGAAAGUCAUUAUACCUUAUUAAAUUAUUUCGAAAUAGAAAAUAAAAAAAGAAAAAUCCAAAAGGAAAACGAAACGGAUCCAUUUAAUUUGUCUAUUCGUUAUGAUACUUAUAAUGAAUAUGAUUUAAAAUGUUAUGAUGAUAUUUACAAUAUUUUAAUGAGAAAAAAUUAUUUAGAUAUCUUUCCUAUUUUUGAAGAAAAUAAAAAAUAUAACUUUCAUCAUAUGAACAUCAAAGAUUUCCAAAUAUUUUUAAGAAAAGAAAAAAAUAUUAUGAAAAGUGGUUUUAAUGAAAUGUAUGAUUAUAAUGAUUAUAUACAUUUUUUCAUUGAAGAUAUUUUUCAUAUGAAUAUCAAAGACUUUUUCUUUUUUAACAUAUAUAUAGAUAACAUGAAUAAAUGUAUUACAAAAAAGAAUAUUUUAAUUAAUAAUAUUAGCAAUUCACAUAAUUUCAUUAACGAUUUUUAUCAAAAACAUGAGAAGAUACUUACAUUAGAUAUCUUUUAUAAAAAUAUAAGCUAUGCACUUUACUUUCUUAUUUUUAUAAAUUUAUUAACACAACUAUGGGAAAAAUUAUCAUUCGAUAUAAAAAAAAUGAACGCUAAUAAAUUAUUAAAAUCCUUAAUUAAAUAUGUAAACAAGAAAAGAAUAGUUCACGUGCUAAAAUGUACUUACUUAUAUCUUUAUAAUAUAUAUGAACAAUUAAACAAAACAUCUAUUGAUGAAAAGAAAAAAAAAAAAAUUAUUAAAAUUAUUAAAAAAAGUAAAAGCUUUAAAUCAAUUAAAAAAAAUAUAUUCAAAAUUAAUAACUCCUGUUUUCAUUUGUUACUAUUUUUCUUGCCACUUUCUGUUCCUCCAUUUAAGAACAAAAUUAAUAUUUAUGAACACCUUUUAACCUAUUUUCUUAAAAAUAUUAAUAAAAUGAUUUUCAAAUAUAUAAAGGAUGAUAAAAAAGGUUCUUUUUGUACUAAGUUUGAAAUACAAGAGUUCAAGAAGGGUAACCAUCAUCGUCACAAUAAUAAUGAAAAGAAAAAUUGUGCUGAUGACACAAAAAAGGGAAUUGAAGAAAAUAAUAAACGCGUUCAAAAUAAUAUUUAUUAUAAUGCUAAAAAUAUGGAAAAUUAUGUUGGAAAAGAAAAUAUUUGUACACAUCAAGACAAUGACCAGAAUAUAUGUACAGGUCAGGUAAGUGAAGAAAAAAUAUGUACAGGUCAGGUAAAUGUAAAAAAAAUAUGUACAGAUCAACACGAUGAUAAUUUAAUUAUGGAGAAAGAAAAUAUAAGUAAUUUUUCUUCUUUUCUUAUUUCAAAUGGAGAUCCUUUAGAAAAUGUAGAACGUUUAAGUAUAGAUAAGAAUGGAGAAUAUGAAAAUUCAUUAACAAAUGAAGAGGAAAUAAAAUGUAUAGAAGAAAAGACAGAUUCGUUUUUUAUAAAAAAUAGUAUUGAAAAAGAAUUAGAUAGAAAUAUGAAAUAUAUAGUUGAUAAUGUUAUACAAAAUAGUAGGAAGAACAUAUGUUUAUUAAAAAUAAAAAGUUUAGAAGAAUUAUUUCUGUAUUGUUUUGAAAUUAAUAAAAAUGAUUAUAUGUGUAUUAAUAAUUUAACGAAUGCGAUAAGGUAUAUAAAAGUUACAAAUAAAAUAGAAAAAAUGGAGAAAUCAUUUGAAUCCUAUAUAAAAAGAAAUAUCAAUUUUUAUAAUAUAUUUUUUAAAGUUAUAAUUCCGCUUUUGAAUAGAAUAACAAAUAUUUUUGAAAAUUUGGAAACCUUAUUUACGUUAUAUAUAAAUUAUAAUAUUAACAAGAAAAAAAAAAAAUUAUUUUAUUUUUACGACCCAUGGUUAUAUGGUUAUGAUUCAUUUUUAUCGUUUAUACAACUGGACGAUAAAAAGAAUGUGAAUGAAAAUAAUAAGGAUUUAUUUUAUAAAAAAAAAAAAAAAAUUUAUAUAAAUGAAGGAAAAGAAUAUAAUAAAGAUGAAAGUGGAGAAAAUGCGGAAAACGAUUUAUAUCUAUAUGAUAUGGUUAUAGAAAAUAUAGAUGACUUUUUAACAUACUUUCGAGGCCUUGAUAAAAUUUUUAUUUCAAAAAAUAUAUUUGAUACUCUUGAUAAUAUAUAUAGUAUAAAAAAUACUAGUCAUUUACUUUCUAUUAUUAAGAACAAAAAAACAAAAAUAAAAAUAAGAACGAAAAAUAAACAAAAAAUAAACCAAGGAUUGAAUAAAUUAAAUAUGAGAUUAUAUUAUUCUCAUAUCUUAAAUCUGUGUAACAAUGAAAGUUAUAUAAAAAUAAAUACUAGAGCAUUAAAAUAUUUAUUCUUUAAUUUGUAUUUCAAUUAA